AUGUCAGACAUUCCUGAAAGUCCUCGAGACAUUCCAAUUUAUUCUACAAUCCGAGCAUUUAAUGUCGUUCCCCAGAACUCCGAAAUUAUCCAGUGUGUCACGGUGAAUGAUCUCAAGGGCGUGAGAAGGCUCAUUGAGCAAAAGAAGGCUUCUCCCCGGGAUGUUGAUCCAGAAGGCACCUCACUCCUCUCUUAUGCAAUCUAUUCGGGUUGUACGGAGAUUUUCCGCUUGCUACUAGAAGGGGGAGCAAGUACAGACCAGCGGAGAGUGCACGAGAUCCCACCCGUCGAUGUUAUUACCAUGUAG